AUGUCCUGGGCCCUGCUCCUCGGGCUCCUGGCCGCGCUGCUGCUCCUGCUGCUGCUGAGCCGUCGACGCUCGCGGCGACCUGGUGAGCCUCCUCUGGACGUGGGCAGUAUCCCGUGGUUGGGCCAUGCCUUGGAAUUUGGAAAAGAUGCUGCCAGCUUCCUCACCAGGAUGAAGGAGAAGCACGGUGAUAUAUUUACUGUGCUGGUGGGGGGCAGGUAUGUCACUGUCCUCCUGGACCCCCACUCCUAUGACACGGUGGUGUGGGAGCCUCGCACCAAGCUGGACUUCCACGCCUAUGCUGUCUUCCUCAUGGAGAGGAUUUUUGACUUGCAGCUCCCACAUUACAGCCCCAGUGAUGAAAAGGCCAAGAUGAAACCGACUCUCCUCCACAAGGACCUCCAGGCACUCACGGAAGCCAUGUACACCAACCUCCGCACUGUCCUGCUGGGGGACGCCACAGAAGCGGGCGGUGGCUGGCAUGAGAUGGGUCUCCUCGACUUCUCCUACAACUUCCUGCUCAGAGCCGGCUACCUGACUCUGUACGGAGUCGAAGCUCUGCCACGCACCCGUGAGAGCCGGGCCCAGGACCGCACCCACUCAGCUGAUGUCUUCCACACCUUCCGCCAGCUCGACCUCCUGCUCCCCAAACUGGCACGUGGCUCCCUGUCAGUGGGGGAUAAGGACCGCGUGUGCAGAGUCAAAGGUCACCUGUGGAAGCUGCUGUCCCCAGCCAGACUUGCUGCUCGGGCCCACCGGAGCAAGUGGCUGGGGAGUUACCUGCUGUACCUGGAGGAGAUAGGGGUGCCGGAGGACAUGCAGGCCCGGGCCCUGGUGCUGCAGCUCUGGGCCACACAGGGCAACAUGGGUCCUGCUGCCUUCUGGCUUCUGCUCUUCCUCCUCAAGAAUCCUGAGGCCCUGGCUGCUGUCCGUGGAGAGCUUGAGCAGCUCCUCUCCAGAACAGAACAGACUGUUUCGCAAAUGACCACCCUCCCCCAGAAGCUUUUGGACAGCAUGCCUGUGCUUGACAGCGUGCUUAGUGAGAGCCUCAGGCUCACUGCUGCGCCCUUCAUCACCCGGGAGGUCAUGGUGGACCUGGCCAUGCCCAUGGCAGAUGGGCAGGAAUUCAGCCUGAGACGUGGAGACCGCCUCCUCCUCUUUCCCUUCCUGAGUCCCCAGAAAGACCCGGAAAUCUACACAGACCCAGAGGUGUUUAAGUAUAACCGAUUCCUGAACUCAGAUGGGUCAGAGAAGAAAGACUUUUACAAGGACGGGAAGCGACUGAAACACUACAGCAUGCCGUGGGGCGCUGGGCACAACCAGUGCCUGGGGAAGGCUUAUGCCAUCAGCAGCAUCAAACAAUUCGUGUUCCUUGUGCUGGUGCACUUUGACCUGGAGCUGAUCAACCCAGACGCGGAGAUCCCCGAGUUUGACCUCAGCAGGUACGGCUUUGGGCUGAUGCAGCCGGAACACGACGUGCCUGUCCGUUACCGCGUCCGGCCAUGAGCUCUGCCGUGCACUUGCCUCCACGCAGCCUGCCCGCCCCCCCCCCCCCCCCCCCGUCACUCGGCUUUCUGUGUCUGCAUUUCCCCUGGGUGCAGGAGCUUUGAACACUCAACGGUGCCCGCAUGACCACUUUCCUGAUUCUUCCUUGGAAGGCUAUGUCCAGGGGAGGGGAACGAAGGGAAGCUGAGGGGGUGAAUGGAAAAGGGACACCAGAAGCUCUGUGAAUGGUCUGCUCUUCUGGUCGAGUUUCAAAAGGAGUCUCUUUCUCUCCCGACUCACCUUGCCCUGCCCCCCACCUCAUGAUAUCCACAAAAGCUGGGACCCACAGGGCAGAAGCAGAGGAGUCUUGACUGGUCUGCCAUGCCCCCGCUCCCCAAGGGGCCAGGUCCUCGACAGUGAUGUGGUCCAGGCCUUAGCCUGUCAAAGCAGAUGCUGGCCAUAAAAAGGCCCAUCAGGGCCUAGCCAUGUGUCCAUUGAUACAGGCUCUGUCCCCAAAUUACCAUUAAACUAGCCUAAGCCAAAGGAGUCCCUUAAUUGUCUGCUUACCCACGGGCCCCAUUUGCCACACUUGCCUUAUCUCUCCAUUCACACCAAUGCUUGAGAAAAUUCAGGAAGGUUUUCCCAAAGGUGAAUAUUCAAGGCAUAAAACAUGCGCUCCUCCCAAAGACUGGGCUCUGUGCUCUGUCCUAGACGUAUGGGCUCCAGAUGGGAGAGCUUUCCCAGUGUCCAGACUCCAGUAGGGAAUGAGAAAGACAGCCCCAGCAGGCUGGCCCCGUUGGAAGGAACCAGCCAGGGCUCCCUGGGCUGGUGGAGCCAGAAAAGGAGGUGUUGGUUUGCUACACCCUAGCCUGGAACCACCAGCUGCUGCACGCUCCAGUGGCAGACCUGUUUUGUGUGGCCCAGACUUCGAAAAAAUACAUUAGCUGUUACCGUGUCCUCUUUGGGAGAGUCUGUUUAAAAUGUCCAGCUUCCCUUGAAAACGUGGACAGCCUGGCCACACUGGGCCCAUAUUCCCAAGGGCGGCUAUUGGCCAGAGCUGAGAUACAGCCACCUCCCUUAUCCAGGGCACGUGCAUUCUGGCUCGCUAGGGUUUCCACUUGGUGGAGAUUUUUCUGCUUUUCCAUUCCCAGUACCCCCAGGCCCUUGAAGGCACUCCAGUUUGGGAACCCUCUUCUAACUCUUAGAAGUGAUACUGUAGGAGGUGGUAACAACCUACUAAUUGGUCCUCAGACCCAUGGUCCACCUGUCCUGGGUGCACCCCCCUUCGUACAAACAGAUCAAGGAUGAAAACUUGCUUUUGCGUCAGCUUUGUGGUCGGGGGGUGGGGGGACAGA